AUGCCUGAAUCACAAACAAAACUUGUAAAAGACGCCUUUACAAAUACUGCGUCAAUCAAAACGAUGAGUAUAGACGUAUUCGAUAAGACACUCACAGACUCGGACUCUGACAGCAACGAUACCAACCCAAAAUCGAGCCCCAAUAAGAACGGUCAACGGUCACCCACUCUCCAUCAGCAUAAUCAAGCAACUUUGGUUCAUCCUGGUGAAUUUGAAUCAGAAAAUCACUUUUAUCCUCGCGUUCUUAAUGCAACUAUCCACCCCUUGGUCGCCAGUUUCUUCCAGUUGGGAAACGAGAGAAUAAUGGCCAGAUAUGCCCACUUAAACCCUCAAGUUAAUUUGGAUAAAUUAAGGGAAUGUUUAUCAUAUCAACCAAAGACGUUCAAAUGGGCAGGAAGCGAUCUGUUCAAUAUAACAACCGCCUCUGGCCAACGCCAAAUGAUAUUGAUAGAAACCAAUUCUUGCCCCUCCGGUCAGAAAUCGAUGCCGCUGUUAUCUGAUACCGAAGAAUAUGGCGGAUAUCGCGUUGUCCUGGAAACAGCAUUCCGAGAAGUCCUCGAAAAAGCUGAUCCGGCGCUUGGAGGUCUGGCUGUAGUUUACGACAAGAAUAAAAUGGAGACGACAGCAUAUGCAUCUGUAUUGGCUGAAAUUUCAAAAGAGAAGGUGUGGUGCGUCGAGUUUUAUGAUGAAGAUGAAGAUCCACCUGUCAAGUGGGUUGAUCGGGUUAUGCAUGUGAGAGACGAGAAUGGAGUCUUCCACUCGAUCCGUGCCUGCUUCCGCUACGUAACCCAGAAACCCUGGAAUCGUUUUCCACUCACCACCAAAACUCUCGUGUUAAAUCCGAUAAUUUCAUGCCUUGCCGGCGGAAGAAACAAAAUGAUGGCCGCUCGAGCAUACGAAUUCUUUAAUGCUGAAUUGGCUGAUUCGGGACUGGCCGUAAGGAUCCCGGAAACAAUAAACAAUGUCACAAAAGAGGCGAUUCCAUUAUGGGUAAAUUAUAUGGGCGGGCAUGCAGUCUUGAAAAUACCGUAUAGCAAUGCUGGUCAAGGUGUAUUCACAAUUACAAACGAAAAUGAGCUCGACCAAUUCCUCGAAAUGAACCACCACUAUGAUAAAUUCAUAGUCCAAUCGCUCGUUGGUAAUGCCUCCUGGUCGUCAACGACUCGGGCUGGCAAAUUUUUCCACGUUGGUACAAUUCCAAACAGACGCAAUCACACAUACGUCUCCGACUUGCGAAUCAUGGUCACUGCGGACAGGAAUGGGUUCAGACCUGUGGCAAUGUAUGCUCGACGAGCUAGAAAGCCUUUGGUGACUAAACUUGAAGAUAACCCGAACUGUUCAUCAUGGGAAAUGCUCGGAACAAAUCUUUCGGUUAAGCAGGAGGACGGCCGAUGGACAUCCGAACCAGAACGUCUGCUCCUCAUGGAUCGUAAAGACUUUAAUCAGCUUGGAAUCGGCGUUGAUGACCUUAUAGAUGCAUACGUUCAAACGUGUUUGUCGGUGAUCGCCAUCGAUAAACUGAGCGAUCGAUUAAUGCCUGACGAUGAAACGUUUAAUUUCGAUUUGUUCCGAUCUUUGAAUCCCGAUGAAGCUUUAUUGCAUGAGAUAUUAGUGCAAAUUGGAGUAUGA